UUGUGACGCUAUUUUUUGAUAUUGAGAAAGCGUAUGAUCGAACGUGGAGAUACGGCAUUUUAAGGGACCUUUUAAAUUAUGACAUUAAUGGAAAUAUGUUUUAUUUUAUUCAAAACUUUUUAACAGACAGGACAUUUCAAGUUAGAAUGAAUAACACUUUAUCUGACACUUUUAAUCAAGAGGAAGGUGUUCCUCAAGGUAGUGUCAUUAGUGUAACCUUAUUUCUUAUAAAAAUAAACGAUAUUUUAACCCCAUUACCAUCUACAGUGGACGGCAGGUUAUUCGUUGAUGAUCUGCGGAUAUCUUGUAAAGCAUCUCAUAUGCACACUAUCGAAAGAUAAUUGCAGCUCGCUAUUAAUAAAUUAUCCCAAUGGACUGAGUUAAAUGGUUUUAAUUUUUCUACAACUAAGACAACGAGUAUACACUUCUGUCGACAAAGAGGGCUCCACCCCGAUCCUGAACUGUAUCUCAAAAACUUCCGCAUUCCCGUUUUAAGCGAAACAAAAUUUCUUGGUUUGGUCUUAGACUCUAAACUCACUUUUGCAUCUCAUAUUAAACACUUAAGAAAAACCUGUGGACUGAAAUUAAAUUUACUUAAAGUUUUGACAAACACCUCUUGGGGUGCAGAUACAGAUGCCAUGCUCAAAAUUUAUAGGUGUAUCAUUCGAUCUAAACUCGACUAUGGUUGCGUUGUCUACGGAUCAGCUAGAAAAUCUGUUCUUAAAUAUCUUGACACCAUCCAUAAUUCCGGCAUACGUAUAGCAACAGGAGCAUUUCGCACAUCACCCAUAAAAAGUCUAAACGUUUUAUAUCAUGAACCAACUCUUGCUGAACGACGCAAUAAGUUAACAUUGAGAUACUAUUUUCAUGUCAAAAGCCAUCAUAUACAUUCCAUGUUUUCAAAUGUUACAACUCCAUCUUAUGAAAGAUUAUUUAGUAACAGACCCUCUGCAAUACCGACUUUUGGUUUGAGAGUAAGAAAGCUUUUAUCUGACCUAAACCUAGAAGACUUUAAUAUUUUACCUGCGAGCGAAUUAAGACCUCCUUGGGACGUCAUUUCUCUCCAAACUAUUGAUAUUUUUAACAAUCUGACAAAAGCACAAACUGCUGCUGACAUUUACUUACAGCUUUUUAAUUCACACCAAGAACAAUAUAGUAAUUUUAAUUCCAUUUUUACAGAUGGCUCUAAAGGCCUUGACCAUGUUGCAAGCGCUGUUGUUACCCCUAUCUCCACAAUAUCUGAAAAAUUACAUUCAAAAUGCUCCGUAUUUACAUCUGAAUGCCAUGCGGUUUAUCUGGCUCUUCAAUUUAUUUCUUCUCAAAGGUUGAAAAAAUGGAUAAUAUAUUCAGAUUCAAAAAGUGUUAUAGUUGCCUUACAAAAUAAAGAACUGAAUACACAUUCUAUUAUAAAUAAUAUUUUAAACCUAUACAGCAAUUUACUCCUAAAAGAAUAUGCCAUAAUUUUCUGUUGGGUGCCAGGCCAUGCUGGCAUUUCGGGUAAUGAAGCAGCAGAUAAAGUGGCUAAGUCAACAAACAAUGUAACAAACAACCCCCUUACCUACACAGAUAUCAAAAAUGCAAUUGACAAUGAACAGUAUUUACACUGGCAAAAUGAUUGGGAAAAUGAAAUAAAUAAUAAAUUGCACGACAUUAAACCUUCUAUUAAAUCUUAUAAAAGUCUAAACAUUAGUCGAAAGCAGGAAGUAAUAUUAAAUCGCUUGCGCAUUGGCCACUCUCGAUUAACCCAUAAACAUCUUUUAUUAAACGAAACUGCACCCGAAUGUUCUCAUUGUAGAGAACAGCUCACUAUUAAACAUAUUUUAACAAAGUGUAACGAAUUUAAAACACUGAGACAACGCCACUUUGGUUGCUUUAAUCCAACAUUGACUUUAUUAAUUGGAGAUAAACCCCACAAUAACAUUUUUAAUUAUCUAAGGGACAUUGGUUUUUACAAAUCAAUUUAGCUUUAACUUAUAGCAGAAUGUUUCUUAUAAAACAAGUUGUAGGUGCGGUAUGGCCAAAAAUGGCUUUUGCGCCAAUAAUACUUAACUAACUAACUAAUC